AUGAGUGCACCCGGCGAGGCCGCUGACUUUGAGAAUCCCCAGCCAGCACCACAGUCCGUACAGGAGUCUCCUGUCAAAGUAAGGAAGCAGCUGCCCCAGAGGGGCGUGGACGAGUUCUGGCAGAAGUUUACCACAAAGUUCCCUGGCAAGGUACACAGCAUCCUGCCAGCUGAUAUCUACGCCAAAACCAAAGCCUCCAAGAAUACCAAGGGCGUUGUGAACGGUCAGAUCGCUGUGAAGUCUUACGAUCAAGCAGAUGCGGAAUGCAAACAUGCUGUAGAGAAGAUAGCGAAGGAGUGUCGACGUGUGAACCACAAAUACCGAGAUCCUCAUUUCGAUAUCGAGUUUGACCUGAAGCGGAAUCGAAGAGACUGCUUGGAUGCUCUGGGUGAGGUUCCAGACAAGACUUAUCCCAAAUCAGUGAAACGAAUUCCCGAUAUCUUCGAAAAUCCUGUGUUCUUUGAAGAGGGUGCUACCGCUAGCGAUGUUCGUCAAGGAUUCAACGGCGACUGCUGGUUCCUAUCUGCAUUGUGUGCUCUUUGCAACAAGAAAGACUUGGUCAACAAUGUAUGCGUUGCUAGAGACGAAGAGGUGGGCGUAUACGGUUUUGUGUUCCACCGAGAUGGGGAGUGGAUUCAAACCAUAAUUGACGACAAACUCUACCUGAUCGCCUCCGAUUGGUGGGAAAGUUCAGACGAGGAAAAGCGAGUCUUCUGGAUCGUCAACAGAGGUGAUGCAGAGAAAAGGUAUCGAAAAGUGAACCAAACCGGUUCCAAAGCUCUCUACUUCGCACAGUGUAGUAGCGAGAAUGAGACAUGGCUACCAUUGCUGGAAAAGGCAUUUGCCAAAGCUCAUGGAGACUACAGUGCUAUAGACGGCGGCUUUACAGGCGAAGCUAUCGAGGACCUGACUGGGGGCGUAACUACCGAACUCUUCACAACGGACGUUCUCAAUAAGGAUAAAUUUUGGGAGGAAAUCAUGAAAGUAAACGAGGAGUUCUUAUUCAGCUGUGCUGCGGGCACCUUCGACAAAUGGCAAGGAUCAGAUUUAGCAUCUUCGUAUGGCGCAAGAGAGAACAUCGUACGCAUGCACGCGUAUUCGAUCAUGGAAGCUAGAGAGAUCAAAGGCAAUAGACUGUUGAAAGUGCGAAACCCCUGGGGCGAGGGUGAAUGGAGAGGUGCCUGGAGCGACGGUUCGGAACAAUGGACUCCGGAAUGGAUGGAGUUGUUGAAUCACAGGUUUGGCGAUGAUGGACAGUUCUGGAUUUCCUACGAGGACCUUCUACGCGAAUAUUCGAGCUUUGAUAGAACUCGACUCUUUGGGCCGGAUUGGCAGAUCACGCAGCAGUGGACCUCGGUCGACAUUCCUUGGAGUGCAGACUACAACAAGACCAAAUUCAGCGUUACGCUCACAAAGCGAAGCCCUGUUGUAAUUGUCCUAUCUCAGUUGGAUGAUCGCUACUACAAAGGAUUGCAAGGGCAGUACACGUUCGAGUUACAUUUCAGAUUGGACAAAGAUGGCGAGCAGGACUACAUCGUUCGCAGCCAUGGUAAUUACUCCAUGAGUCGCUCGGUCAGCACAGAUUUAGAAUUGGACCCCGGUACCUAUUCUGUGCUCAUGAAGAUUACUGCUCGCCGCUAUCAGGAUGAUGAUACCCCCGAGGACAUCAUCAGAAAGAAUGUCAAAUUGAGGCAGAAUAAACUGAUUCAAACAGGACUUGCCUAUGAUCUUGCUCAUGCCAAAGGAGAGAUCCGAGAGACCGAGGCUGAAAAGCAAGAGCGCCAGAAGGGAGAGUCGAAGAGAAAAGCUGCGGAGAAGAAAAAGCAAUGUGCGAUGAAACGCGAAGACAUGCUCAAGAACUGGCAACAUGGAAAGCGGGAGAGGGCCAGAGAGAAGCGCCACGCUAAGAAAAGAGAAGAGUAUGAGCGCAAGAAGGCCGAAAAACGUAGAGGAUCUCGGCGGGCUGAAGGGACUGUUGCUGGUGAUGCCACUGCUGUUCAAACUGAUCAAACUAUUGCCCCUGAAGCUGUCAACGUUACAACGACGGCCCCAGGAGUCGAAACCGAGCUCGAGAAGCAAUCCGCAGCCGGUGCAAUAGAAGACAAGACUGGCGAGCCGACUCUGGACCAAGCUCCCUUGCCGAAACCUCCGUCCGAAGCCAAAGCUGAUGAGUCCAAGCCUACUAAUGGAGCUCCACUUGGAACCAUAGCCGAGGAAUCUAAGCCCACCAACGGGACUUUGGCAGAGGAUAACUCUGUCACUCCUAAGAAUGAAGAGAAGGAUGCAGCCACGUCGACCGAAGAUUCUGCUGCCCAAAAGUCCCGACAAUUCGAAGCGGCACUGAAAUCAAUCCCCUCCGUCACGGUCAAUGGGGCCCCCACUCCUAUUAGUGAAGCUCCUGCCCCAUCCGUCGCUGCCCCUUCCAGUCUUGCGCCGAUCGAUGACUACCAAUACGACUCUGACGCCUCCUUUGAAAGUUCCAUCGACAGUGUCCUUGACUUCCCCACCCAAGUGGACGACGCUGCAGAAGAAGAUGACCCUUCUCCAAUGGACGGUGCGGAUGACAAUACAGAAUUUGAGAAUGAUCCUUGGAACGCAGUGUGCGUGGUGGGUUUGCGGGUUUUUUUCAAAGAUGGAGCGUGCUCUAUCGAGACCGUUAGGCCGAGGCAGGAGGAAGAGAGUUUGGAUCUGGAUGAUGCGAGUAAGGGAGCUAGUGGAGAGGUGGAGAGUGAUGGAAAAUAA